CCGACGGAGUACAUAGCAUCGUUUCUUCUGUCAUUGUAUCGAAAUCAUCACCAUCACCAUCAUCCCUCUUCUUCUCACACACUGUUUUUCUUCUUUCUCCGAUACCACCAUAUCAAAAUACACAGUUAUUAGUUAUAUAUCUUUCUCUUUCGGUUGAGUGCAUUUUUCAAAUCCGUUUAUUGUUAUCCUUUUUCCAAAGUUUCGUAAUUUUUUCUUUUAUUUUGCUAAGUAACCACUUCUGGGUCAUUCUUUUUUGCUUCUUGAAAUGGGUAAUUGGAGAAAACAACAAGGGACGAGUCAUCAUCAAGUGGGUCAGUGGCGAUCCUCGUCUUAUAACGGAAAACCGCCUCUGGAUAACCGUUUUCCGAUACCGACGGUGCCUUUGUGGGAAAAGAAGUUUUGUGUUUCGGUUGGUUCAGUUCCAUGGGGGAAGGUAGUGGAGAACAAGAGGUAUGUGUAUCUGCAUGACAAUGUGAUGAACUGGGAUGAUUCUGCUGUCAAAGAGGCUUUUGACAAUGCAAAAUACAGGUUUUGGGCUGAGAUCAAUGGCUUUCCUUGCGAUAUACCGAUGCCUGAUCCUAAUGUUUAUAUUGACGAUGUAGAUUCGAAUGCCAGCGUCGACACUGAACUUUAUUUGGAUUUGGAAAGAGAAUUAGAGGUCACAAAUGUGGAAGAAAAAGGCGAGGAGGUUGUAAUUUUCGGGGAUUCUCUAAUAUUGAACCAGUCCUUUUCGGGUCCUGGAUGGGGGGAUGAAGACGGAGAAACAAAGCCUUUUGAAAGAAACUAUGAUUCCCCACGGUUGGAAUCGAACCAGCAUCAAAAUAAUGAAACAAACUCGUGGGAACAAUGUGCUGCUUUGGUUGAAAGUCGAAAUGUUAAUGAGGAAUGGAAUCGGAGGGAGGGAUACGGUGGUGACUUGUGUCACAAGUAUCAACAAGGAAGAAAUGGUGGGAAUGGAUGUAACAGAAAGAGAGAAAAUAACAUGUUAUGGUGUAAGAACCCGGGAUAUCAUCAUGGUACUAACGAGUACUGGAUGAAUCGAGGAAGAAGAAGAAAUCCAGGAGGAGGAGGAGGAAGGAGGGGAAAUUUUGCUUAUGUGGACAAGGGACCUACUCCUAGGGCAUGGUAAAUGAAUAUCUAAUGCCUUGGACAGCAAGCAAGGACUCCUAUGAAGCUGCUAAAGGGUCAGUUUUGUGAAAGUAGCUGAGGAUAUAUGUUUUGUUAUCUAGGUAAUAUGUUGUAGUACUACAUCAUAAGAAUUAUGGCAUUUUCAAUCUUGUUACUUUAGGUAUAUAUAGCUGAAAUCUUUUUUGGCACUGGUGAACCAGUGCAUGACAUCAAAACUUAUCGAUCGAGGCUUUUGGGUGGCCAAUUUAGGCA